AUGGAGAGGCUCCUUUCUAGGAACCCUCCGAACAAGCCUCAGGACAAAAGGUCUGCGAAACUCGUUACCGUCAGGCGAAUCGCCAGAUACGUGCUAAUCGCGUCGCUCAUUCUCUUCGCCGGCUUGACCGUCGCACGCUUUGCGUCGCCUAGAUUGCUACGAGUCGCACGGAUCGCAAAGUCGAAGGACUUCUCGUACGAAACGGAUGUGGAGCAAAAAGGCGCAGAAGGAAAUGGAACCCGUGGGCGAAUCGCGUUCAUGUUCUUGACACGUGGCCCGCUCCCACUCGCUCCUCUGUGGGAGAGAUUUUUCAGAGGAUCGCAAGGGCGGUUCAGCAUCUACAUCCACGCCUCCAAUGCUUCGCUCACCCCCUCUCCCUCCACCCUUCCUCGCCUCUUCAGACACAGAUUCAUCCCUGCUGCCCCUGUGGUGUGGGGAGACAUCUCUGUGGUGACAGCAGAGCGCAAGCUGCUGGCGUACGCGCUUACUGACCCCCGCAACCACUACUUCGCCCUCGUCUCAGAAAUGUGCAUUCCACUGUGGCCGUUCGACUACAUUCAUACUUACAUCUCAACAGCCCAAGUCAGCCUAAUCGAGGCGGACUAUGACCGGUACGGGUUGGCCUUUCGCCACUACGAGCGGCACAUUUUCUACCCGGAUAUCAAGAAAGAGCACUACGUGGGGGGCAGCCAGUGGUUUGUGCUGCAGAGGAAGCAUGCGAACAUGGUGAUACAGGAUACCACACACUACCGCCGCCACACCGAAAGCUGCAAGUUUCGCAUGAGGACAGGUAGCAGGUUCUGCUGUGCGGACGAGCACUAUGUGCAAAUACUUCUCCAUAUGUGGGACCCGUCGGGCAUUUCUGGUUUCUCCACCACCUUUGCUGACUGGAGCGCAGCGGAGUGGCAUCCCAAGCUGUUCACAGGAGACAACAUAACUGCACAUGCCAUUCGAUCCAUGAAGUCCGCGAAACACUUUGUACCCUACAAGAACUUUUGGAACGACUUCAAGUCCAACUUCUCACAUAUUGUAGACCUCUCCCUUCCGCAACCGCCUCUGAGUACAAGAAACGGCUGCUGCGUUGUGGGUAAAGAGCUCCGCAACUGCUUUCUUUUUGCUCGCAAGUUUGGAAACUCCACUCUUGAUUAUUUCAUGCAAAAUUCGUGGACACUGUUUGGGUACUGA